AUGCCCACAGUACCACUCACAACAUAUAUCGAGCGAUUGAAGGCUUUGGAUGGUCUCCAGAAGAUCAACGGGAAACCACAGAAUCUGCGCAUUAUUGGCGACGAGCUCUACUGGCUUCAGGGGACCGAGCAGACGCUGUACGCCGUCAGUCUCGUGGAUCGAAACGCGACUCCAAGGCGUGUCGUUGCUCCUUGGGGGGAUGCGGGGGCGGCGGGCCCGCCCAAUGCGUCUCAGCCAAAGUCAAAGGAGGAAGAGCUGCUACGCGAACGGCUCCGCCGGCAAGUGACUGGCAUUUCUAACUACCACGUCACUCCCUCCGACGGCACUGUAGUGUACACCUCUGGCACGGGUACUUUCCUGUACCGUCCGUCUACUGCGAAGCCCCCUCUAAAUAUAUUUGACCACAUCGAUCAAGAGACGCGUCAGCGCUGCUUUGGUGAUGCGAAGAAGCCGUUUAUCUGUAUACAGCGCCUCCAGCACUUUCCACAGCCUGGGUGUGCCGGGGUGAAUCCCGCGCCGCCAGCCAACGUUCUUAGCUUUGUGUACGGAAGCAAUGUGUACGUUGCGACUGUUGUGGAGCAGAAUGAGACGCAGGCGGCACCCCUCCACGUCGAUGUGGAGUGCGUCACCACUUUCGGAGACGCCUUACAUGAGUGUGGGACGGCGGAUUACAUCAUGCAAGAGGAAUUCAAUCGCUACACAGGUCACUACGCGACGGAGAAGCAUGUUUUCUUCAGUUACACCGAUACGUCUAUGCUGCAAAACGUCUCCCUCAUUGACGGCAGCGCCAAAUCUGGUGUGGAGAAGAUGCCGUACCCUUGGGUCGGGGAUCCCAAUGCUCGUACGCUGCUUGUCGUGUACGAAAGAAAGACGAAACGCUACCGUGUGGUACCAGAGAAAUCAAUCUCGGCAGUGGCACCGUGGGCGGAGUACAUACCACGCUUUGGAUUCAAGGACGAGGACACGAUUUAUUUCUCCUUGCUAAGCCGGACGCAGGAACGCUAUUGUGUCUUGUCCUGCCGCAUCGAGACGCUGCCGCUGGUGGACGUCGCGGAGCUGGCUUCUUUCUUCACCACGGACGCCGCCACGCGUGAUGCAACGGCAAAGGUGGUCGCGUUUACUACCGAGUGGCAGGAACACAUCCCGUGGGCGUGGGUGGAGGUGCCGCAGGGUCCCCCCAUUCUCUUUGGCGAGAAACAUGACAUUCUCCUUCGUCACGCCGUCGAAACAAAGACGGCGCAUUGCCACCUCUACCUCCGGGACCUGGCGUCUGCCGACAAGAAGUGGCGUGCACUGUCGCAAGGGGCGUGGAACGUCAAACCUGACACCGUACGCGUGCUGCAAGACCGGGUGGUCUUCACGGCCAAUGCGGACAGCAGGCUUGGUAGUCUUCUCUACAGUGCUCCUCUCCGGCCUACCUCCACGGAGGCCGCAACGGCGGCGCAACUCACCCGACUGUCACCGCUCCACGAACACGUGUACACCUACACGGUUGGGGAAGGCUACGUCUGCUACGUCGCGAGCACGGCGACGACGCCACCCAAGCUCUACAUCGCCUCGCUGGCGUCCCCCGAAUCACGGCACAUGGUUCAAACAUAUCUGCAUGACGGCAAAGAAGAAGUAAGUGGUGCAGAGGAAGACGGUGCGGCGUCGUUUCUACGGAAUGAAUACCUUAUCAAGCCAGAACUUGUCACCACCGUAAGCCGACGCGGUGUGCCACUCAGUGGUCGACUGUUCAUCUCGCCCGCUGUAGUCUCAGGCACACCGGCUCCGCUGGCCAUGUACGUCUACGGCGGACCACAUGCGCAGUUGGUUUACGUGGAGGACUACGUUCUUCUUUGCAAGCCGUUUUUUCAACUGCUGGCAAAGAGCGGCAUCUCCGUCCUAGUUGCGGAUGGGCAAAUGAGUAAUGCCAAUGGUCUUGUGGAACUUAGUGUCUGCAAGAAGAACAUGGGAAACUUUGAAACCUCGGACUACGUGGACCUCGUGAAGCACUUAACAACGUCGUCUCUCCAGCCGAGCGGAUUUAUUGCUGAUCCUGCCAGAAUUGCUGUCCUUGGCUGGUCCUACGGCGGGUACGCGACGCUUCUGGCGAUGUCGCAGGCGCCAGAUGUCUUCAAGAUAGGCUUCGCUGGUGCACCGGUGACCGACUGGAGACUUUACGACACGGGUUACACGGAGCGAUACAUGGGCGAGCUUUAUGACACUGACGCCUGCGCCGUGGAAGGAAAAAGGGAGGAUGCCAUCAGCAAGGCCUACACGAAGAGUGCAAUCAAGGAAUUUGUUGCCGGAUUUCCGGAUGAGCUGAAUCGUCUAUUCAUCGCCCACGGCUUGCUGGAUGAAAACGUUCACUUCACCCACUCCUGUGCCCUCAUCAACGCCAUGGUCGCCGCCGGAAAGCCAUUCAGCAUCCUCGCCUACCCAGGGGAACGGCAUGGGCUGCGGCAAAAGAAUACCUCUCGCCAUCACCAUGACGCGAUGGUGAUCAAAACACUGGUGGAAAUGCUGUGA